AUGGGGACACCUAGGGCAGUGAAAAGUCAAGCUAUAGCGGAUCUAUUGGCACAGUUUCCGGGAGAGGAAGAAUUCCCGCUGGAUGAUGAAGUUCCAGGGGAAGUAGCCGUGGCAGAAAACGUCAGAGAACAAUGGGUAAUGAAGUUUGAUGGGUCUUCUACUACCCAAUCUGGAGGGGUGGGAGUAGUCUUGUAUCAUGAAGAAGACAAGGCAGUGGCGCUAUCAUUCAAGCUGGAAUUCCCCUGUUCAAACAACACGGCGGAAUACGAAGCCUACCUAACCGGGCUAGCCACGGCUCUCGAAAUGGGAGUCAAACAUUUGAGAGUAUUGGGAGAUUUGAACCUAGUCGUCUGCCAGGCCAAGGGAAGCUUUUCCUUAAAAGAGCCCAACCUAGCCCCAUAUAGAGCGAUGGCCCAAAGGAUGGAAGAAAAAUUCUCAACCUUCGAAAUAGAGCAUGCUCCAAGAAACGAAAAUCAGUUUGCAGACGCAUUAGCCGCACUGGGGUCGCAAAUAAUUUUCAAAGGGGAUAGCGCCAAGAUAGAAGUCAGUAAAAGGGAAGAAUCCAUCAUUGAGGUGUUGAAGGAAAAGUUCUGGGAGGAACAGGGCGAAGGGGAUUGGCAAAUCCCCAUAAAGGAAGUCUUGAUAAAGGGAGAAGAUGCCGCAGAAUUAAAGAUACUAAAAGACUACGCCUUGGUAAGAGAGUUGUACCGUAGGAUGCCAGGUGGGAUCUUGUCCAAAUGCGUGGGGCUGGAGGAAGCCGAGAGAAAAUUGAAAGAAGUACACGAUAAGACUUGCGGGUCUUGCGGGGAAGUCAGCCUUUACUGCAGACUUCAAAGGGCAAGCUUCUAUUGGCCAAGUAUGGGUAAAGAUGCAAAUCAAGUCCAAACCCAGUGUGGGACCUGCCAGCUUACGGCAAACAAGGAGGAAAGUUACGCUGUAUUCGUCAGCGAGGACUGGAGAAGCCCUUUCAUACAGUACCCAACAGAAGGCAUCCUGCCACAAAAGUACAGUGAAAGAUACAAGUUUAAGAGGAUCAUCAGUGACAAUGGCACACCAUUUGUCAACAGUGAUGUAAGGAAGAUGCUAGAGUUCUACCAAGUCAAGCACCACCGGUCAUCGCCUUAUUACCCUCAAGGGAAUGGGCAAGCAGAGGCAACAAACAAAACUCUCAUAAAGAUUAUCAGUAAAAUGAGCCAAGAGUAUACGGGAGGAUGGGCGACGCACCUGCCAAACGCUCUUUGGGCUUAUAGAAAAUCACCAAAGUCAGCCACAGGCUUUUCACUUUUUUCCUUAGUCUACGGAACUGAGGUAGUAAGCCCGGCAGAAAUAAUGACACCGUCCUUGAGAGUCAUGCAGAUGCGAGAAAAAGAAAAGGAGAGAAAAGUCUUUGCGGCAGAAAGGUGCGAAGAUCUAGAAGGAAUUGAUGAAAAGAGAGAAAAGGCCCAGGAACGUAGCCGCAGAUACAGACAAAAGAUGACUGAAGCCUAUGGCAGGAUGACCAAGGAAAUAAUGUUCGCAGAAGGACAACUUGUGCUAAUGGUGGUAGACUAUGUCAAGCGAGGCCUGGCAGGACCAUCUAAGUUUGCACCAAAGUGGGAAGGACCCCUGUGA